AUGCUUGGCAUGGUUUUUGCUAUACAUGAGAUAAACCAAAAUAAGAAACUCUUACCCAACAUCACACUGGGAUUUAGGAUCCAUGAUUCCUGUUAUGCAGAAAGCAGAGCAACCUGGGGUACUCUGUCCCUUUUAUCAGGGACACAAAUACCAGUCCCUGGUUAUGUCUGCAAAUCACAUCCGCUUCUAGCAGGUAUCAUUGGAGAACUGAUGUCAACAUUGUCAAUUUCUGUGGCUAGGAUUCUGGGCAUCUAUAAUUUCCCACAGAUUAGCCAUGGAUCAGUGAUUUCUUCUUUAAGUGACAAAAUCCAGUUCCCUUCUUUUUUACGUACUGUACCCAAUUAUCUGUUUCCAGAUAGUGGAGUUGCAAAGUUACUUUGGCACUUAGGGUGGACGUGGGUAGGAAUUUUAACUAUAGAUAAUGAGAUGGGUGAGUUUGGUGGCCAGUAUUUAAAAAUGGAAAUUUUAAGAUUGGGAACAUGUGUUGAUUUUAUGGAAAGAGUUCAUGUUCAGCAUUCCAAGGAACGACUUUUGAAAGUUGUUGAAUUAGUCAAGAUAUCUACAGUAAAUGUUAUAAUUAUAAACAGUGAUGAAAUCCAUGCAAGGGCAUUCCUCGAAGCUCUUUAUUUACAAGACAUUACUGGGAAAGUGUUAUUGUUCACAGCUGCCUUUACAGUCACACCGGGUCUUUUACCAAAGGAAGCUAGAAUCAUAAUGAAUAACACUUUAGGACUCAUUCCCUUCUCAGGAACCAUGCCUGGCUUUAAAAACUUCCUCCGGGGACUGAAUCCUUCAACAUCCAAGGAUGAUAUUUUUAUGAAACCAUUCUGGGAGAAAGUGUUUGCUUGUAAAUGGCAGGAGAACAAAAGUUCUGUUGCAGCAACUCCACAUGAGAUAAAUACUGAAAGUGCAUUCUGCACAGGCAUUGAAAUGGUAGAUGAAACAAUCAUUGAUUAUUUUGAAUUAAAUGAUCUCAGUUACACCUAUCAUGCUUAUCUUGCAGUUUAUGCAUACGCCUCUGCACUGAGCAACAUAAUUUCAUGCAGUUCUGGUAAUAACAAAACAUGUUCUCCUGGAGACAGGGCUAGAAUUAAUGACAUUCAACCUUGGCAGGUUUUGCACACUGUUAAAAAGGUCCACCUAUAUUCAAACACUGGGGAAGAAAUAUAUUUUGAUGAAAAUGGUGAUGCAGUGAUUAUGUAUGAAAUCAUGAAUAUACAGAUAUUACCAGAUGAUGCAUUUCAUCUGGUGAAGGUAGGAAGAAUGGAACCUAAGGCUCCUGUUGGAAAAGAAAUCAGCAUCAAUGUGAGUGCUAUUUUGUGGAAUGAAAAAUUCACUGAGGUUCCAAGAUCUGUCUGUAGUGAAAAUUGCCUUUCAGGACAAAGGAAAAUCUUUAGGGAGGGCCAGCCAGUUUGCUGCUUUGAUUGUACAACAUGUUCUGCUGGAGAAAUAACAAAUAGCACAGAUUCUCCAGACUGCUGGAAGUGCCCAGAAGAUCAAUGGCCUAAUGAAAGACAUGAUGCCUGCAUCCCAAAAGUGAUUGAAUUCCUAACAUAUGAGGAGCCCCUGGGUUUGACUCUUGCUAUCAUUGCUCUGUUCAUGACUCUGCUGAAUGUCUCAGUCCUGGGGAUUUUUGUUAAACACAGAGACACACCAAUAGUCAAAGCCAACAACCGUGAACUCAGUUACCUACUUCUUCUUGUACUCAUGCUGUGUUUUCUCUGCUCUUUAAUAUUUAUUGGUUAUCCAACUGCAACAACUUGCCUGUUUCGGCAGACCAUAUUUGGUAUAGUUUUUUCCAUUAGUGUCUCUUUGGUUCUGGCAAAAACUAUUAUUGUAGUCAUUGCUUUCAAAGCAACAAAACCUGACAGUAAGCUCAGAAAAUGGAUGGGGUCCUCACUGCCCAAAUUAGUAAUCUGCUUUUGCUCCUUUGUACAAAUUAUUAUAUGUGCUGCUUGGUUGUUAAGCUACCCACCCUUUCCAGAACACAAUACAAAAUAUACAAAUGGGAAAAUAAUAAUAGAGUGCAAUGAGCACAGUGCUGCUUUUUUCUAUUGCAUGCUGGGGUAUCUAGGAAUGUUAGCUGUUGUGUGCUUUAUAGUUGCUUUCCUAGCACGGAAUUUACCAGAUACCUUCAAUGAAGCCAAAUACAUUACUUUUACUAUGCUAGUAUUUGUUUGUGUUUGGCUGUCUUUUAUCCCUGCAUACCUGAGCACACAGGGUAAAUACAUGGUUGCAGUAGAGAUAUUUGCAAUCUUAACCUCUAGUGCCGGAUUACUCAGCUGUAUAUUUUUUCAGAAGUGUUACAUUAUUUUGUUUCAACCACAGAAAAAUACAAAAAGACAAUUAAUAGGCACAUUUCAGUGA